GUGCCGCUGACAGACGCAAACACCCAACAGCUACAGGGAAAAAGAUCCGAUGAGAUCGCGGAGAAGCGUUACGAAGGUAAUGCAGUAAACUCAGCAGUAUGGAUGGUGUCCCUCUGAAGAUGCCACAGGUUCCCUCACAAGAAGUCAAAGAAGACAUCAAAGUCAUUGUCCCUGACUAUCUCACCAUACUGCGGGAGACAGAAUAUGAGUUCAGACUGGAGAACUGGGUGCUAACGGGACUGCAGAGUCGCUUCAUCAUUCAGCAUCAGCCUCAGCUGUCAUCAUCGACAUUAGGACCAUCUUGUCCACCAUACUGGAUGGUGUUCAGCAGCCCACAGCAGAGCCGUCUGGCCAGCCGCCACUCCUCAGACUUUUGGGAGCCAAAUCCUCGGCAGCGCUCCAAGAGCCUCACCCCCACAAUCCUACGCACCAAGUUUAUGGUCUCCGAAUCUGAGGAUGAAGGGGACAGUGCUAAGACAUGUUCGUCAGUCAGAGCCAGCUCAGGUGGUGGGUAUCCUGUUGCUCCAGGUCAGCCUGGUCAGAGGAAAGCACCGAGAGCCUUCGUCCCAGACCUUCUGAACCCUCCAACAUGCCUUAGCAGCCUACCACACCAGCGCAGGAAGAACCUACGACAGUGCUCUGUCUCAGUGCUGGACACUUCCAAACAACAUGAUCCUAACACAGACAGUCUAUCCAAAAGCCCAUCACACAGGACCCCUGACACCAGAGCUGCCAACACUAGAGCCAAUACAGUCGACAUGCUCCCCUGCAUCAACAACAACAACACAACACACGCGAAGUCUGAAAGCCCUGACUUCUGUAGAAGUCUCAACUCUUCUGGUUUGGACUCAUCAGCAAACCUACUAUCAGCUCUGAGCCAAGAGGAGAGAGAGCUUCUAGGGGCCAUCACUGCGCGCGGUUACCCUCUUCGUACUGCUAUCAUUGCCCUGCAGAAGACAGGCCAGAAAACCCUGGAUCAGAUCUUGAGUUACCUGGUGGCAUGUGACCAUCUGUGUCAGCUGGGUUAUGAUAUAGCAGAGGUGGAAGAGGCUUUGGAGAUGUUUCAAAACUGUGAAACAAAGGCGAAGGAGUUCCUUCAUCUACUUAAUCAGUUCAAUGAGAUGGGAUUUCAGCAGAACACCAUCAAAGAAGUGCUACUGAUCAACGAGAACCACAGAGAACGGGCACUGGAGGAGCUGAUGAUGCGUGUGGCGUGACAGAAGAUCAACAAAUCAACACACACACACACACACACACACACACACACACACACACACACACACACACACACACACACACACUUACAUAAAUCAACUACCGAAGAUUUGUGACUCACUCCAAUUCAUUGAUAAAGGCACAGAGAGACCAAACACUGUCACAGUGAGUUUGGUCAGUAACUCAUGUCUCUUAUCCCCCUGCUCAUGCAGUAAAAGAGAAAAUACUUUUCGUAUCCCUGUCCAAUUAAUCAAGACAGAGAGCUCAAUAAAGAGACAGUGCUGUUUGCUAAUGAACACACAGAAAGCAGGAUCCUACUGUUCAUGGGCAUAGGGUCAGCUACCAAUUCCAGCACUCUUGGUGACGGCUUAUACUAACAAACAUGCCAAGUGAAGAAAAACACUUGAAGAAAAGAAAGAGGCAAAGAGAGUUCCCUUGAAACAAAGAAUAGAGUUGUGCAAGUUUGGGGACAUGGAGACAUAUUGCAAAAUGUACAAUAGGUUAGUUAAAAUGUCACCAAUACAGCAGCUUUAAUUAUCAUUGUAUUUGACUUGGCUGAAAGUGUUUAUUAUGUCCAUUCUUUUUUUGGAAUGAAAGCUUCACUGACAGUUCAUUGUGUAGUUUGUAUUAAUUGUGUACCAGAAGUGAUCUGAGUGGUUGUAAUUGUGACAUAUGUUUUAUAAAAAUACACCAAGGUAGUGUUCUUUUUUUAUUGUACUCUUUUUUUUUCUCCUCUGUGUUGGAUUUAAAUGAAUCCAUAUGGGAACCAAUCAUUGAGGAGCAGUUAUCCCCAGAGACAGGUUCUUAUAAACAGUGAGCAUGGAUAAACAUCAGCAGUACAGAUUUGUAUUUAUUGUUUGAUUGGGGGCUGCACAUUUAUUUUUGAACAGCCAGCUAUGAAAGUCACAUAAAUUCAUGAAUAUCUCAUUUUUGGCAGUAAGAGGGUACAUUAAAGGAUGUGCAAAAUUGUCAACAGGUGGUCAGUUAAGAAGUGUCUUUUUACAACUUUGUCAAACGAGGUGAGGACCCAAAUGCAGACAACACAAGGGAGGCAGGAUUUAAGAAUCUAAAGCGAGCUUUAUUUUAACCAAAGCUGAAAGACAAGCAAAAUCCAACAGUCCAUGCAAACCAAAACUGAGCCAAAUAGACAGAGUAACAACAAAAAAGGCUUCAAUAAAGUGCAAACAAGAGCUGAGUACAAAUCAAUGAGGAAAAACACAAGGAACAAAAACCAGAAACAUACCAGGGGGUGACGUGAGGAGACACUAGAAAAUGAAACGACUGGGAAACUCAGGGUAGUGACACAGGUGAACACGGACGAACACGGAAUGAACCGACAAAGACAUGAGCAAGAACAAAGACUAUAUUCAGACACACUAAGGAGGGGAUCAGGUACAGGUGGAGUGAGGCGGGGAAAAGAAAGGAAUGGAAAAAUACUGGAAUGAGGGAAAAUCACAGAGAGGGAGGAACUGAAAAUUGACUUGCAAGGGUACAAUUUUAAAAUAAAACAUUAAACGCAAGAACAACAAGGAUCAUGACAUAUUUUAAGUUUUGGCUAAUAAUUCAUAAAUUAAAUCUGAGUUUGUAAAUUUCAUUUACACACUGAAAUGCAGUUGUAGGCCCCUCUAGCCUACAAACACUAGGCACACAUGUUAAAAUAUUUUAAAUAAAAUAGGCAACAAAAAGAGAAUAAAGUUUUUAAUAAAGAUAGCACUAAUCCUCUACUUAGAAUGCCAUUUCUGUUUGAAACCUUGCAUCCUAGUAUUCAAUUGGGUGCCACUUGUCACACCACCCAAACACUGGUGCAGACCAAGUGCACCCCCUGGCAAUGAAACUGGCUCAUUGCAUAUGCCUUGUAUGUGCAGUCUGUGUAAAAGUAAAUACAGGACAACAGUUGUACAGUAGGUUGAAGGUGAAGCAGGAAGCAUUCUUGUAAACUGUGAUGGAUGUUUACACAAUAAAGUUUUGGGUUUAUUCUUUCAUUUGUUUUGACUCUUCCAAAUGCAUUUUGACUAACCUAAUAAGAUGAGUGUCGUAAGAA